AUGACGAAUGGUAGUGAUGGCCUAGGUUACAAAUGGCGUUCCUCGAAAAUUUUCAUCAUCUCCACUGUGACAGUCGGUCUCUUUUGUGAGGCCUUUCUGUAUGCGUUCAUCGUACCAAUCCUGGCUUACAUGGUCGAGACCCGCCUCAAACAAGAUCCGUCUCGUAUACAGGGUCUCACCGCGGAGCUUUUGUCUCUCCAUGGGUUUGUUGCUAUGAUAUCCGCUCCAGUCAUUGCCCAUCUUGCAGACAAAGUACCGAACAGAAAAGUUCCAUUAUUAAUGGCGAUUUCCGUGAGCCUCGUGGGAACACUUCUGGUUGCCUGGUGCCCAUCUGUUUACGUACUUUUUGCGGGACGGGUAAUUCAGGGCAUCUCCGGAUCGGCAACAUGGAUUAUCGGAUUCACAACGUUGGCCGACAACAUCGACAGGCAAAAGUUUGGGAGCGUCAUGGGGACAGUCACAUCAUUUAUCCAGGCCGGUAUUACUACUGGGCCGGCCAUAUCUGGGGCACUACUUGAGCUGAGUGGCUAUUGGCAAGCAUGGUCCGUUCCUCUUACGUUGCUCAGCCUGGACUUCGGUGCCCGUCUGCUUAUGAUCGAUUGCAAUGAGAUAGACACUUCUGACUCGACUGAACGAUUGCUACCGUCAAAGAAAGAUGAUACUCUCACUCCGGAUUCUCAUUCCUCCAACUCCAAAACACAGACAGCAGAGUCCGAGCCCACAGUCGAGUACAAAGCAUCUCGUAACUUUUAUUCCACCAUCUUAACUGACCCCCGAACUUUGACUGGGCUUCUCAACACAUUGGUGUUCUCUCUUAUUCUUUCUGCCUUUGACACCACUUUACCAACUCAACUCCGCACUGCCUUUGGAUGGGGUAGCUUACGCGUAGGGUCCGCACUCCUCGCCUUGCAAAUUCCUCCACUCUUCUUGAACCCCAUCGCGGGGUGGAUGCGUGACCGAUUCGACUUGCGACAUCUCACAUUUGCUGGAUGGUGUCUCCUUGGUAUUUUGUUGUGGCUGCUUGGGGUCGUGGCAUCAGACCACUCUCUAUCUGUCAGCCCUAGAACAGAUACAUUACCGAUUUUAUUCGCCACCAUUUUGGGUAUCGGCGUUGCUUCCAGUUUUGUGCGUGGGGCAGAUGCACUUCAGUUGGUUGUUGUGACUGAGCAAAUGCAGGCCGAGAAUCCCAAUGCUUUUGGACCCCAUGGUUCCCAAUCCAGGCAUCUCUUUCUAUUGUUCUUGGUGUUCUAUCUCUAUUCUAUCUCGUCCCAAAACAAACAGAUACCGCUGAUUCCCCGCGAGUUUGAGCAAAAGAUGGAUAUAUUUUGGAUUAAUCAUUAA